AUGAGCCAUAGAGGUUUCGGCAGAGUUGACAGAGUUCGAGCUGGGACGAACCUCGCCGACAGGGAGUAUCGAGCGAGUACGAACACGGAGACUACGUACGACAUGGCCGAGUAUAGCAGCGCGGUCGACCCGAAGAUACCGGCGGCAGAGCUGAGCUGCGAGAAUAAGGAGUCGAAGCAGGCGCUCGGUCCGAAGCUGUACAAGAACCUGCUGGGCGCGGACAACUCCAUAAGCGUGCUGAUCGAGCAGACGUAUCCCAAGGACUACGCGACGGAGGACGGCGCCCAGAUACUACUACGAUUCCUCGAGGAGCAGCGCGUCGCCAAGAGCAAUUUCAGGGAGCUGCCGAAGGCGUUCGACGCCUUCUUCGACCAGACUCACUUCGAGAAAAAGGGCGAAGAGCCGAUGGCGGCGUUUUGCACAGCGAUGGAGGUGGCGAAGCGCAACCUCGAGGAAGUGGACCCUGACACGAAGAUCAGUGCGAACGAGCUAGGGUACCACACGCUGAAGAGAAGUGGACUCGACAAGGACGAGCGCAACCUAGUGAUAGCACGAGCAGAUGAGACCUUCAACUUCCAGAAGAUUAGCACGACGCUGAAGAAUCUCUUCCCACGAGGCGGAGGUCGGCACCGGGAUGAGGACCAGAACGUCGAGCAUGACGGGUACUGGGUCCAGGACGACGACGGCUACUGGUACGAGUGGGACGAAGAGCACGGUGUCUACGCGUUCGCGGAGGACGACGACAACUGGGACAGCAGUGACAUGUUCUACAUCGAGGACGACACCGACGUCUACCUCGCGAGCGAGGACGACGAGUACCAGCAGGCUCUCGUCACGCUGCGCGAGAGUAGGCUGAAGAUAAACAAGAUCCGGGCGGCUCGAGGUUUCUUCAAGGGACGAAUCGAUGGAAAAGUGCACGAGAGCGCGGCGGCCGGUGGCGAGGCAGCCGGGAAAGGAAGCAAAGGCGGCAAGGGCAAGGACGGUGGCAAAGGUAAGUCCAAAGACAAGAGGUGCACCAACUGCGGAAGAAUGGACCACGCUACACCGGACUGCCCGACGCCACGACCUCCGCGGCCGGCAGGCAAGGGCUUCAAGGGCCGCGGCAAGACCUCGAAGGCUCAAUCACGUCCACGACGGCUAGGUUUCUGGGCGACGACCACACUGGUGUGCGUCAUGCCGGACGUGUUCCACCAGGACCCGGAGCCUGCGACGGAGAAGUUCCAGGAGCCAGCCGAGCACGACAUCGUGAUGGUCAAAGUGGAGAGCGACCCGAUCCUACCUGAAGUACCAGAAGUGGACGCGAUGAUCUCGAGCACGAUCGUGCCAGCCACCCUGGUGGACAGCGGCGCCUCCGGGGCGGUGGCAGGGCGCGGCUGGCUGGAUAAGAUCGCCGCGGAGCUCGAGAAGCAUGGUCUGAGGCCCAUCAUCGUCGAGGCGAGCCAGAAGUUCAAGGGACUUGGCGGCGCACGACGUGAGGCGAAGCAGAAGUGGAUCAUCCCGAUCGGUAUUGGCAAGAAGCAUGUCCUGCAAGAGUAUUUCGAGAUCCCAGGCGACAUGAUCGGCCUGACGAGCAAGAAGAACCUGGCGGACUGGAAGACGAACGUGUACCUGCGCGAGGACGGCCAGUGGGCCGACUUCCAGGAGCUCGGGGUGUACGACAAGGAGCUCGUGAAGCUUCCCAGCGGCCACGCGGGCAUCGACAUCUUCGACUACGACUUGGAGUCGUACGAGGCGGAGCCCCUCUUCGAGAAGUUCCGCAUCAACGUCGAGAAAGUCGAGCCGGAGGUUUGCCUGGUCGCGGAGACGCUGCAGGUGUCCAAGCCAGACUUCAGGGUCCAGGGGAUCUUCAAGAAGGGUACGCUCAAGCAAAUCGACAAGCUUAUGAAGGAGUAUGCGGUUAUAUUCGAUGUACUGCGGGACAACAACGAGACGUUUCUCUGGGAGUUGUUCGCGAAGGAGGCUCGCUUUAUUCAUGUAGCUUCGAAAGGCUCAGGGAGGACGAACGGCAUCGGCGAGAACCCCCUCACCAGCCGGGCGUGGCGUGAAGCCUCAAUCGUGGACCUGCUGAGCUGGCACGGGAACCAGCCGCCACUCUACGAGACGGUCACGCUACACCAGUGCAUGUACGGGCUCGUGGACAACUACGGCGACCCGAUUCGCAAGCCGACGUGCAUGAUGGUGCCCAACGGCUCGUGCUUCUCUGGGUGGCUCGAGCGCAGGUGCGACGGGAGCCACCAGCACGCCGACAUGGUCGGGCGGAGUACGGCACUGGCACAAGCGGGCGCCUGGCCGGACGACCUGGGCAAGGCUCUGGUGGGCGCCGGCACGCACGAGCUGGCACGACGGACAAGCCCGAAGGAGAUGGGCAUCGGUAACGGCACGGCGAGGUCCCCGAGCAAGCAGAUCGUGAAUGCAGUGGCCAAGGCGUUCAAGCUAAGGAAAGAUCUGCUCGACGUGCGCGUGUUGACGGGUGACGAGGAGGUUCCGCCCCCUCGCGGGGCAGCGCGGCGACUCUGCGCGAUGUACUCCAGCGAGGGCGCACUGGCGGACUACAGCGACGCCUACGCGGGCGACCCCGGCUUCGGGACGAUCAAGCUGGUCAAGCGGUUCCCCACCGACACGGUGAUCGCAGCUUACGUGAAGGAGCCGAAAGUGCAGACGUCCUUCCCUGCGACGGUGCACAUCUACGGGAGCAAGCCCAAGACCUUCGCUCCAGAUGAUCGCGAAGCUGACACGGCACAUCGAGACCUACAACAUGAGGGUGAGAGUUUCGGGGACAAGCCUUCGGACAUCACCGCGGCCCAGUGGGGCGCUCUCAAGAAGCUCCACCUCAACCUGAGCCACCCCUCUGCUCACGCACUGAAGCGUCGGCUGAAGUCCUACGGAGCGUCGCAGCAAGUGAUGGAUGCGGUUGACAAGCUGGACUGCGGCGUGUGCAAGGAGCUCGGCAGGCCGACUACGGUGAGAAGCUCCAACCUGAAGCUCUCGACGGAAUUCAAUGAGAACGUGUUCCUAGACGAAGCCGAGGUGAUUCUAGCAGACGGGACCCGACUGAUGGCCAUGGUGAUUCUGGACGACGCGUCGGGCUUCCGGGUGAUCAUCCCUACUACUGCAGUGAGGUCCAUCACAGGUGAAGAGAGCCUGCGAUGCUUUUCGCAAGGCUGGCUAUCGUGGGCUGGACCACCCAAGGUGCUGUACUACGCCGCGGCCAAGGGUCACAUCACGAAGCGGUUCGCAGAGAUCGGAGAGAAGUAUAGUAUCCUGAUGAGGCCGGUCCCAGCAGAGGCGCCCCAGCUCAAGGGUCGAGUGGAGCGCGCGAUCGACUUCUUCAAGGACCACUUCCAGCGCCUGAACCGCGACGUGCAGCUCACUAAGGACGACGAUCCGCAUGUGUGGACAUCGGUGAAAGCAAGCACGUGCAACAACCACAUUCGGCGGAACGAUUUCACCCCCUACCAAUACGUGCUGGGCAGGUCGCCUGGCAUCCCGGCCUCGCUGAUCGAGGCGAUGGAGGGCGACCAGAUGCAGCUGGCAUCACAGAGCGCGGCUCUCUUCGAGGAGGGCCCGAGGAGAGCAGAGCAGAUACGUGCAGCGGCGAACCGGGCGUUCUUCGAGCUGGACAGCGAUGGCGCCGUCAGGAGGGCCAUGGUUGGCCGAGUUCGUCCACCGCGCGGACCAUUCGUGCCGGGCCAGCUGGUGUUCUACUGGCGCGAGGUGAAGCACGUGAAGUCGAAGAGGCUCCAGGGCGAGCACGGUCGGCGUGGGCCAGCGAUCGUGUUGGCGACCGAAGGCCACACGAGGCUGCACCUCAGCUACCGCGGGGUGCCGGUGCUAGUGACGCCGGAGCAGGUGCGACACGCCUCCCGCAGUGAGGCGGAGAUGGUGGAGAACGAGGACUUGGUCAGGCAGCUCUCUCACUGGCGUGGUGGACCUACGCUACAGAAGGGGUUCAUCGAUGAGCGUGGACCUGGGCCAGAUGGGAGCGACAAGACGGGCGUGCGCCGCGAGAGGGACGAGAAGGACUCGGACCACGAGGACGGCGUGAUCGACACACCUGCGGCUAAGGCACCGCGUGCCGAGAGAACGUACCUGCACCUGGAGACCUACCUGAAGUACCACCACUAUCGGGAGGAGGACCGUCUCCUCCAGAGCAAGCUACAGACCCACCUGCUGCGGCAGCUGGGCAGGGGCACUCCAUGGACCUGGACGCGGUGGCUGCGCCAAGUAUUCCGCAUCAACAGCAACGAGAGCGAGAUGGGCAACCAGAACCUGCACCACGACUCAGCUACAAGCGAACGCUUCCCGACGACCAGGAGGCAAAUCGCGAACGCCUACGACUGCGACGCGAGGACCGAGACGACGAAGAAGCAGGUCACUCCCAAGAAGGGUCGGGAGAUCCGCAGCAUUCCCCAGGAGUUGAAGGCGGCUUUCGACGCGAGCGACCUGGAGGAGUGGCGCAAGUGGGUCGAGUACGACGCGGUGGACGGGCCGACCGAGGAGGAGCUCGCGGGGGUGGACAAGACGGCGAUCCUGCCCAUGAGGCGCGUUCGCACGGACAAGAACGAGGCGACGAGGGGCAACCUGUCGUACGAGCAGCACCCGCUCAAGGCGAAGUCCCGGAACAUCGUUCCAGGAUACAAGGAGUCCGCUAGCCAGUUGGGCUGGAGGCUGGAACAGGGCGACGUCGACUUGGCAUUUCUGAACGGGAAGUACCUCGACAGCUCUCGCCGCGCAUACUUCCGCGCGCCGAAGGGUGGCCUGCCAGCUGUACCAGAGUUGGGCUGGCCAGCCGUUCCAGAAGGUAAGGUGCUGAGAGCGAAGAAGGGGAUCUACGGGCUGAAUGAUGCACCUCUGUUGUGGUACGAGGAGCAUCGCGACACCAUACUGUCUCUUCCAGGAGCGUCGAGAUCGAAGCUGUGCCCGGCUCUCUUCAUCUUCCACGACGAGAAUGAGAAGCUGAUCGGCCUGAUCGGGACGCACGUGGACGACGACUUGGUAGCGGGCUCGCCCGAGUCCUUCGCUAACCAGGUGACCAAGCUGAGGAAGAUGCACUGCUACGGCAAGUGGCAGACGGCGAAGACCGGUUUCCACCACUGCGGGAGAUUCCUCAAGCAGAGAGAUGAUGGCACCAUCACCUGCAGCCAGAGGGAGUACACCGAGAGCAUCGAGAAGAUUCCGAUCUCCAACGAGCGUCGCAAGGACAAGGAAGCGAAGGCUACACCCGAGGAGAGGGCGAUGCUCCACAUCGGCAACGGCCAGAUCAAGUGGCUGAUGCGAUCUACCCGUAUGGACUUGGCAUUCCGACUGGUGGAGAGUCAAGCGAGGGCCCACGACAGCGACCUGAAGGUUCAGGAUCUGCUGGACUUCAACAAGCUGGUGAGCGAUGCCAAGACGGACCACGUGAACAUCACUUUCCAGAAGAUCAACAUAGACGACGCGAUCGUGGUGGCGGUUGGAGACUCGAGCCACGGCAACGUGGGCAAGACGAAGACCGCGAGUCAGGCGGGCCUGGUCAUCCUGCUAGCAGACAACGAGGACGAUCAGUUCCUCCGCGGGAUGCCUGCCAAGGUCACUCCCAUGUUGUGGCGGUCGCACCGAAUCAAGCGGGUGGUGCGCAGUACCCUGGCGGCCGAGUCGAUGGCGGCGCUGGAGGCGGUCGAGAGUGGCGACAUGCUGAGGCAGCACCUGGUGGAGCUGCACUACGGACUCGGCUACCGGACCCACAUGGACGACGUGAAGGCGAUCAAGAUGGUUGAAGUCACGGACUGUGAGUCACUGUACGACCUGCUCCAGAAGCGAGGGACGGUGCCCUCCGAGAAGCGGCUGCUGAUCGAUAUCGAAUCGCUCAGGAACGACCUGGGGUUCAACAGCGUGGUGAGCAAGUGGGUGAGCACGAAGCAGAUGCUCGCCGACUGCCUAACCAAGCACGACGUCCGCGCUGGCGACUACAUGAGGUAUAUGCUCCAGACCGGCGAGUACCGGCUGACGGAGGAUCUCAUGGCGGACCAGGUCAUCGCCAAGCAGAGGAUGGAGCUCAAGGGACGCAGGGGUGAAUACUACCGCUCGAAGUAUCCCAAGAGGCAGCGGCCUGCUGACCAGCUCUUCGUUCACAAGGGCUACACCUACUUCGAGGAGUGCAUUGCGGAUGUGAGGUACAAUGCGCGUGUGGCUCAGCCUGCUCCGAAGCCAUACCUCCGUUGGCGGAUGAUGCUUGGACAGCGCGAGGACGACAUCUACUACGAGAAGCUCGAGGACAUGGUUGACUGGUCUGGAUUAGACCAGGUGUCAAAGCGUCGGAGGAUCCCGACCCAGGUGCGGAAACUGCUGACGAUCUACGCACCGACCAAGGCGGCCUUCGAGCGCUACGAGAAGGACUUCACGGAGAAGCACACCAUCAAGAAGCCGAAGGUGACGACCGAUGACGACCCCAAGGAGGAACCAGGUGUCACCGAGGAGCUUGGUGCGCACGUCGAGUCAGACGGAAACGUGAAGGAGGAUAGCACCGACGUUGCGGAGAUCUACAUGAUGGACGCUGCGGGUGCCGAGUCCGAGGAGAUCAAGUCAGGCGCCGCUGCAGCGGCAACGGUGACGGUGUGUGCGUUGUGUCGGAUGACGUUGGACCAGUGCGAGUGCGGACCGAGGACACGCAAGAAGCCACAUCGGGCCUCUACCUCGGCGCGUGCCGACGACCUGCCUGCUGUACCGGAUGACGGAGACGAUGAUGACGAGGAGACAGGGACCUGGCAGAAGGUACCGCACCAACGCAAGGAUUCUACGACCCCGAUGAAGAAAGAGAUGCUGAAGGCUCGCGCGCUACACGAGAGAACCGGACACUCAUCAUAUGAGAAGAUCGCGGACGAGUUCGGCGACGUGAUCGAGGAAGGUGUUCUCGAGGCCUAUGAGUUGGUGGUCAAGAACUGCGACGAGUGUCGUCGAGGGAAGAAGACCUACGCCUCCUUGCCGCGCGGAGCCCAGGGCAGCGAGUUCGAGACGCACGAGUCCACGAGCAAGGCCAAGGGCAAGCUCAAGGGGAAGCAGAUGGCCCGAGAACGCAUAGGCGACUGCGAGCACAACGUGACGACUACGCAGGGAAGUAACCAGUACAAGGAUAAGCUCCGGUGCCUGCAGUGUGGCAUGCUGCUAGUGGACACGGACACGACGUGGUGGAAGCGAGAGAGGGAGUACCGCGAGAUCGAGAAGACCUUGCGGACCAGCAAGGAGAAGGAGAUCAAAGCCGAGAUGAAGGCCAUCCGCCUCCGUGACAUGUACGAGGGGAUGGAGGCCAGUGAGUCGAGCAAGGGUGCAAACUCGACGGAUACGUGA